AUGAUUGCGCAAAGGGUGGGCGUGUCGGCCAUGCGCCGAGCGGCAGCGAAGCCCUCCGUUUUCUUCAACCAGCAGAUCCCCAAGAUCGUUGCUUCACAAAGCAUGUCGACGAGCCAGUCUCGUCCCGUCGCAACCACCAAGCUCACCCCCCAAGAUGGCCUCGAGCUCCUCGCAAAGCAGCGCCUCAGCCGCCCCAUCUCCCCGCACCUGACAAUCUACAAGAUGGAGCAGACCUGGUUCGGCGCCUCCAUUUGGACCCGUAUCACCGGCGGCGGUCUCUCAGCCGCCUUCUACGUCUACUUUGGCACCUACCUCGUCGCGCCCCUCCUGGGAUGGCACGUCGAGAGCCAAUCCCUCAUCGCUGCUUUCGGUGCCCUCCCGCUCGCCGCGAAGGGUGGCCUUAAGUUCCUUGUCGCCUGGCCCUUCACUUUCCACUUCUUCAACGGCAUCCGCCACUUGACCUACGAUUUUGCUCUCGGCUUCGCCAAGCCUGAGAUUGUCAAGUGGGGCUGGGUUAUCUGGUCCAGCUCGCUCGUCGCGGCUGUCGGCCUCGCCUUUGCGUGGUAA